CCAAUUUUGAUUUGAAAAGCAUUUCAGGAGCCGUGGAACCAGCUACUCGGCAUGUCUCCACUGUGGCUGCUUCUGGGCCUCCUGGCCUUGACUGGCUCCUCUGAAGGCAGCAAUUGGGGAUGCUACGGAAACAUCCGAACCCUGAACACCCCAGGAGCAUCAUGUGUGAUUGGAAAACGCUAUGGCCUGCCUUACUGCGGAGUCCGUGCCUCUGAAAGGCUGGCUGAAAGAGACAGGCCAUAUCUUCUGAGAUAUCAGCCCACGAUGAGAAUCGUUGGCCGGAAAUAUUGUAUGGAUCCUGCAGUGAUCGCUGGUGUCCUGUCAAGGGAGUCUCAGGGUGGCAAUUUUGUGGUCGACAUAGGCAACAUGGGCAACAUGGGCAACAUGGGCAAUGGAAUCGGGGUGAUACAGGACCCAAACUUCUACCCUCCCACAUCCUGGAAGAGUGAUUCCUGGGUUUCCCAGAAAACUGAGAUGCUGGCAUCUAAGAUCAAAGAAGUCCAGGCUAGGUUUCCAAGCUGGAGCCCUGACCAGUACCUGAGAGGUGGACUCUGUGCCUACAGUAAGGGUCCCAACUUUAUCCGAAGCAACCAGGAUCUAAACUGUGACUUCUGCAAUGAUGUCCUUGCGAGAGCCAAAUACUUCAAGAACCACGGCUUCUAGCACCUCAGAUGAAACUCAAGUUCUACUACCAUGUAUGAGGCUCACUAUUCCACCAAUGAGGCUUGCGGGUGGAGACUGCAACCUUAAAUCUGAGUUGGAUUUGAAA